GGCCAAUGGGAGCUGCGGGGGCGGGGCCUGCGGGCGGAAGUAGCUGCGGCACGCAGAGCCCCCUGGCCUUCCCUCCGCCUAGGACCCGGAGGGAGACCCCGCCGCUUCUGGGGCGCCGCGCGAGGUGCGAGCCUCAGCCUCUCCCCCCGUCCGAGUCUCUCCCCCUGGCACAGGGGCAGGCGGCCCAGCAGCAGGUGCUGCUUCCGCUGACUCGGCAGCGAGGGAGGGAGCAGCUGGCACGGCUCUGUGAACAAAGAGAAAGAGGUGGAGGGACCAGGGCAUGAAGCUGCCACUGAGGGGACUUGCGGCACCCUCCCUGUGCUCGGAGAGGAAGAGUCUCCCAGCCCGCUACCCGGACCAGUCUCCAUCCAGGACAUUCUGCGGGAAGGGGGGCAGGACUGCUGCGAUUCCUGCCUAAUCCUCAGAGCUGUGCAAGGUGCUGAGGGGCAGGAGCCAUUGUGGGGGCCAAGGCUUGCGCUGCCCACUCAGGAGGAGGGAGGUGUGAGGGUUGCGCCUGGCCUGGUGCUGACCUAGGAAGGGGGUGCCCAUAGCAGCCUUGGGCCUGGUUCUCGCCUCGGCCUCCGAGGAGGCGUCAGUGUCUCUUCCUGCCACGAUGAAGCUUCUGCGGCUCCUGUGCCGCCACAAGACAGCGCUGGGCCUGGGUGGCCUGGCGCUCUUCGCCGUAGUCCUGCUCUACCUGGCCAAGUGCACCUCGGAGAGCCUCAGGCCCUUGCCAGGUCGGGGUCUGCCCCACAACCAGGCACUGCAGCCGCCCCGUGGUGGAGUCGGAGCCGGGCCGCCCCUACUGGCAGCCCCGCUACCCCCUGAGGAGACAGCUUUCCUGGCUGUCCUUAUCGCCAGCGGCCCCAAGUAUACAGAGCGCCGCAGCAUCAUCCGCAGCACCUGGCUCUCGAUGGCUGGCCGGCCCCCUCAUGAUGACAUCUGGUGUCGUUUCGUGAUCGGCACAGGCAGCCUGGCUGGGGAGGAGCUUCACAGCUUAGAGUUGGAGCAGAGCCGUCACCGGGACCUGCUGUUGCUGCCUGAGCUUCGUGAUUCUUAUGAGAACCUGACGGCCAAGGUCCUGGCAAUGUAUGUCUGGCUUGAUCUGCACUUGGACUUCCGCUUUGUCCUCAAGGCUGAUGAUGACACCUUUGUACGCUUGGACGUACUCAUGGAAGAGCUGAGGGCCAAGGAGCCACGUCGUCUCUACUGGGGCUUCUUUUCUGGCCGUGGUCGAGUGAAGUCGGGUGGCAAAUGGAAAGAGAGCACCUGGCUCCUAUGCGACUACUACCUGCCUUACGCCCUGGGUGGUGGCUAUGUGCUGUCUGCAGACCUGGUGCAUUACCUGCGACUCAGCCAAGACUAUUUCAACAUGUGGCAGAAUGAAGAUGUCUCGCUGGGUGCUUGGCUGGCUCCUGUUGAUGUGAAGAGGGUGCAUGACCCACGUUUUGACACUGAGUACAAGUCACGGGGCUGCAACAAUAAGUAUAUUGUCACUCACAAGCAGAGCAUUGAGGACAUGUUAGAGAAGCAUCAGACUUUGGCCAAAGAAGGGAAGCUCUGUAAGGAGGAGAUUAAGCUCAGGCUAUCCUACGUGUAUGACUGGGGAGUGCCUCCUUCACAAUGUUGCCAAAGGAAAGAUGGCAUCCCCUGAAAGUCUGGG